GAGCCGCAUACACUGCGACACUGCUCCUGCGCGAUUAGUGUUCGCUGGUGAGAUAGGGCUGUUGUCUCUAGUUGGUACUUAACCCGUCGUUGCGGGACUUUUCGGCCCCCUGCCGGGUGCUCGUACACAGUACAUACACGAUCGCGAGAAUCUUCAACUUCAACUCAAGACCAACUCGCGUGCAAAACCCUCCCUCCGCCGCCGUUGGAGUUAGCACGACAACAAAACUGCAGAACGGAACACGACCACCACCCGUACCGGAGGCAACGAUGAGCACUACGGUGAGAGAGGGGCGAUGCAAGAAACUUCUCCGACACUACAUCAAGACCGAAAAAGAGGGGUUAAGCACAUUCUUUCCGGACGACUCGCUUGAUGGGUACGCGGCUCGAGGCGAUGCCAUGAUUAAGUCGCUGGUUGAGAUUGGCUGCUCUCGGGAACGGGCGGAACAAUUUUCGGUUCUCGUGCUCUUCGAUCUGGUGAUCCUGCUCGACGACAGUGGGUCGAUGGAGUUGGCGGACGAGGGUAGGCGGAAAUCGACGCUCCUGGAGGUCCUGAAGGCCGUCACCGAUAUCUACCAGCUGGCGCGCGACAAGGGCAUCGUCUCCGUCCGGUUCUUCAACACCCGCAACGAAUGGCAGGACGUCACGCGAGACAAGGUCGAGGAGCUACACGCUGCCAUCGAGUACUACGGCGUUACCAUGAUCGGCACACAGCUGCAGCAGAAGAUCUUGAAACCGUUUGUCGAGGGCAAGAAGAUGGAGAGGCCUCUAUUGACCAUGGUCAUUACCGACGGCAAUAUCGAGGGCGAGAAGAGAGGGCUGCUGAGGAAGAACAUCCGGAAUUGCAUCACCAAGCUGCAGGCCGCAUCCGAGAAAACUCACCACGCCGUCGCGUUCUACUUCGCACGCAUUGGGCACGAUCAAGGUGCAAAAGAGCUCAUAGAGGAGCUCGACAACGACACGGAACUGGGUUCAUGGAUCGAUUGUUUACCAGUAACUUCGCGACUGGAAGACAUCGGCAACAGGAGCCAUCCCGAUCACUGGGAUGUGCUCCGGAAACUUCUGCUUGGUGCUCUAUACAGGGAUAUUGAUAACAUAGACGAUUACGAUAAUGAAGUCGACACCGAUGCACCGCAGAUGUCACUGCAGGUACCAGCAGUGCCUACAGAGGAAUCCGACCAAGAAUAGUCGGAGGUGUCUGUGCGGAAUGUAUCCGACUGUCACUGGCAAAGUGGUGGGAGAGUACCUCGAUUUUUCAUGUUGGAGCGUGUCAUUGCGGCUUUUUGUCCGAAGGAAAGGAUUAAAUCUUGCAAGUAAACUGUUGAGACGAAAAGCAACAGGAAACGUGAUGUCCGAAGGUGCCCACACUGUAUGUAUUCGAGUUGUGCCGG